GCCCCUAUACGAGAGAGAGAGAGAGAGAGAGAGUGUGGGGACGGGCGUGCUGAGAGCCUGAGACAUGGCCCCCCCCGCCCUCCUCCUCCUCGUCCUCGCCGUCACCGCCCUCCACGCCCACGCCGCCUCCGCCGCGUUGUCCCAGGAGCCACCAGCGACGCCGUGCGCGGCAGCCAUCGUGUCCUUCUCGCCGUGCCUGGCGCACGUCGCCGUGGUCGCGCCGCCCGCCCUGCCCUCGUCCGCGCCCACCAGCGCCUGCUGCGCGGCGUUCCUGCGCGCCGUUUCCUCCGGGGACGGCGAAGGCGCUGGCGGAGGGGAGGGAUGCUUCUGCCACCUGCUCCGCGACCCGCUCCUCCUCGGCUUCCCCGUCGACGCCGCGCGCCUCGGCGCUCUCCUCCCCACCUGCGCCUCCGCGAAAACCUCCGCCGCCACGGCCGUGGAGGCCGAGGCCCUCUUCGCCGACAAGUGCCGAGAGCUCAAGUCACUGCCUGAGAUGCAUUUUACACCUCCAUCGCCACCUCCCGCACCCAAACUUUCUCCAGCUGCCGUUCCAGAACCAGCGUUCCCGGCUCCGAAAAUGGAGGAGCAUUCGAGCUCGACGCCUGCGCCGGGUGAUCGGUCGGGAUCCGAUGCCGUGUGUGCAUGCCGGGUUUUCCUUGUGGCCUUGGUCUUGGGAGCAGCAGUCUUGAUCACGCUGAACUUCUGAUGGAUGUUGGACGGACCUCGCUCUUGAAAGGUCUUUGCCCUCGCUCUUGAUACAAUACUUGUGCGUUGCUGCGUCGUUCUUGAUUGGAUCCUCUUGUUGCAUACGGUGAGGUACCACGUGAUGCAGGGCAUGAUAUUGAUACUUGAAAACUCUUCCUGACAAGUGCAGUUUGUUCUGUGCGCGUUUUGAUGACCUGACAACGCAAGUAACUGUUAUCCUUGUGGCAUACUCGUAUCGUUCCAAACAUGGUACAGAUUUAUACAAUGCAGUUUAGUUUCUCUUGCAA